CGACAGAAAGAGACCGAUAUUGCUACGACGUUCGCAUAUCUCAUUAUCACUGAGAGGUCUGUGUUAACUGGACGGAAAGCAAAUCUAUAUGAAAUCAUCGAUCGGUGACCAAAUUAGUUGACCUCUGCUUGUAAACUGCGUGUACGCACAAUAAAAUUGCUUGGUUAUGGAUCAUACCUCUAUGAAUGUUGUGACGCCCUAGUACCGCUGAGUGCACGGCUUUGAGAUAUUUUGCUUGUUGUAAAAUUGAGGUUGUAGGAUUUUAGUAUCGCAUCGAGAUUGCUACUUACUCUGCAGCGCUUAUGUCCUGGUGCACUGUGCUCGUGCUUGUUCUUCAUAUUUAAUUAUUUUUUGCAACACAUUCGUCAAAAAUCGACCUGCUUAUUUCCGUCUAACUUCUGAUCUCUUAAUAUACUAAAGAGAGUGUCCUGAGUAAUCUGUUGAUAUGCCACUCAAGCGCACUCCACCUCUCUCUAAAUCAAAGACUAUUUUGGAGCCUACUGCGAGCUCGAGUUGUGGAGAUAGUGACAAUGGAAAAUCGCCAUACAUUACGCGAUCGCCUUCUCCCCUGGAAUUUACGUCGUCUAACCUGACUCUGAGGCAUUGUGAAUCGGUACCUGCGCUCGCUCAGUUGCAUGAAGAAAAAGUAAAGCGCAACAAAAGGAAAUUUGAAGGUCAUGACCACAGUGAUAUGCGCUCUUUUAUGGCGGAAAUGAGAUUGCAGUUUUCUACCUUUACUGAUAACCAGGAUAAGCAGUUAAGAGUGCUGCAGGAGUCUAUAACUUCCAUCAAGGAGCAAAACUCGGAUAUUUUUAAAUCUAUUGAAUUUAUCUCAAAGAAGUAUGAUGAAAUUACGGUUAAGCUACAAAAAAUCGAGAAAGAGCGAGAAAACAACUUAAAUUACAUAAUGUCGUUAGAGGAUAAAAUUGAUUUUAUGGAAAAAAAAUCACGUGCUACGUACCUGGAAAUUCGAAAUAUCCCCAGAAGUGAUAAAGAAACUAAAGAUAACCUAUGUUUAAUCCUUGUCAAAAUAGCUAAAACUUUAAACAUUACCCUAGAUAUGAGAGACAUCAGAGAUAUUUACCGUAUUAACAACUCCAAUUCGGAAAAUAAACACAGACCAAUAAUUGUGGAAUUGGGUAGCGUUAUCCUAAAAAAUAAUUUUCUUUCGGCAAUAAAAAAGUUUAACAAGGUUAAAGGAGCAGAGAAACUUAAUACACAACAUAUUAAUAUGGAAGGUAGUCCUAACUUUAUAUAUAUCAGCGAAUCCUUAACUCAAAAACUUAAAAGACUUUUUUAUCUCUCAAGAGAGUUUGCAAAGGCAAACGAUUACAACUAUUGCUGGACCGCAAAUGGCAACGUGUACCUUCGCAAACAAGAGGGAGCUGCUCAUAUUCGGAUCAACUCUGAGGCUGACCUAGAUAAGAUAUUGGAAACCAAAUGACUAGUAAUUAAUUAUAAAAAUGAUAAUUUUGCUACUUUCUGUUGCUAUUGUGUCACUCUUUAUAUAUAUAACUUACGUACCUCAAUAUUCUGUUGUCACUUGCUAAUCUUAGUUAAUACUCUUUCACACAAACACUACAAUCUACAUUUAUCCAUAAUUACAAUUAAAUCAUACUACUCC